AUGAACAAGAUUAAGAACUUUUUCAGGAGGAACAAAUAUCCCAAGAGGUUCACGAUGAAAGAGGUAGAUGAUCUGAAAGCUGUUUUCGAGUUGAUGGAUACGGAUCGAAAUGGAUGUUUGUCCAUUCCAGAACUGGAGAAGGCCACCCAUGUAACUGGACACAGGUGGGACCAGGAACUAUGGCAGAUUAAACUGGAGAUGUCCGGAUUUAGCAGUUUAGUAACAAGAGGCGCUGGGAUAGAUAUGACCGACCAAAUGGUCAAUGAACUCAUGAACAAAGAAACCCUAAACUUCCGUUGUCAGUAA